AUGAUGUUGUGGAGAGUGGGAUCGCCAGGGGCGACCAUCUCCCUGCGGCGGGUUUCGCGGCGUGGCCAACUCGUUCAGUUCGCGAACACGGGCGUGCGGCUGACGUGGGACCAAUGCGCGCAGUAUUGCGCUGAGCUCUCGCCGCAAGGAGGUGUCGUCUCUUUGCGCUCGCUGGCAGUUACGGCGUUCGUGCUGGAGAAUGCGCUCACCGCGGAGCAGACGAGGGCGUCAAAGACCGAAGAAGGGAUCGCGUGGUGGUACAGGGAUUUCUGGAUCGCUCUGCGCAAGGUGCGGGUGCCGAAUGUAACUGCGCUGACGAAUGGCAAGGGAAGACCGGGUGCUGAUGCUCGUGGUGCCGAUCAGUGCUCUAGCUCGACCGGUAGAGCGGAAUCGACUUCCUGUGCGGAAGAAGAGUCGCUUGAUGCACGCUGGUUGUGGCAACCACCGCCUGUGCCUGCGGCGUCCGUUCAUGACACGAUCGUCCUCUGGGAUCACUGGAAGCCUGGUCGACCCGCCGACAACGCAGAGCCUGGCGCUCUAUUUGAGUGUGCCGCGGCGACUGUGCUGCGAGACGGGAUGUGGGGAGAUCUGCCGUGCAGCGAGUUCGCUCGCGAGGGCGAUGAGAUCUCACAGCGUGUGCUGGUAGACGGUGCCGAGGAAGGCGGUGGGGCCAGACUUCCUGCUGGCUUUUUUCCCGGCUGGGAUUUUCGCUUGCCUUGCAUCUGCGAGCGUUGGCUCAAAUCGUCUGGCUAG